GGAGUUGUCCUGGGACGUGUCCUGCUUUCUGCGUCUGACGAUCAGGCGAAGGCGGCGCCCACAUAUCUUUCGACAAAAGGACUCAGCGUUCAGUGCUCCAGCAGGAAGAUCUAAGGGGACUGCCACCAGCGCCGCCACCAUGCCCAACUUCUCUGGCAACUGGAAGAUCAUCCGAUCGGAAAACUUCGAGGAUUUGCUCAAAGUGCUGGGGGUGAAUGUGAUGCUGAGGAAGAUUGCUGUGGCUGCUGCAUCCAAGCCAGCAGUGGAGAUCAAACAGGAGGGAGACACUUUCUACAUCAAAACCUCUACCACCGUGCGCACCACAGAGAUUAACUUCAAGAUCGGAGAAGAGUUUGAGGAGCAGACUGUGGAUGGGAGACCCUGUAAGAGUCUGGUGAAAUGGGAAAGUGAGAAUAAAAUGGUCUGUGAGCAGAGGCUUUUGAAGGGAGAGGGUCCUAAGACCUCCUGGACCAGAGAACUGACCAAUGAUGGGGAGCUGAUUCUGACCAUGACGGCAGACGACGUUGUGUGCACCAGAGUCUACGUCCGAGAGUGAGAGGCUCAAGCCCAUCCGCAGCCCGGCCCGUGCUCCUGCUUCACUGCCCCGUGGGCCGUCCCUCAUCCACUCCUUCCUGGCUAGCUCUCCCUUCCACCCAUGGCAUUUCCCCAGGGCGCUGGGAGGUCUCCUGCAAGGGUUCUCUUUUUUUGGCCCCUCCUCCCCCAUACCAACAAGGAGGACGGAUUGCAAAAGCCCAGAUCGCCCGGUCCAGAAUCGCUCCUCCCACCCCCCAAAUUGGCAG